CCCGAUUAUUGCUGACUUAAGCAUCGGAGUGUCUACUCCGAGGACCCACCUCGAGGCUUUGCAGGUCUUUUAAGUCUUUACAUUAAUUUCAUGGCAUCAGUCGAGAGGAACCCUCUCGUCGAUGAAUUGGUGCUAGAAAUCGGAGAUUGUUUCGUUUACGCUUGCGGAGAAAGCAAUCUCCAUUCGUCCUCUGCCUUGAGCUGUGGUCGUUUCUAUGGACUUUGGGAGGAGAGCCUUUGGUCGGUGAAUGGAGGCUUGAUUUAUCUGAAGCGAUGGCAGCAUACCCAAUCAAUUGAGGAAAUUGAUUUCAGUUAUGCUUCCUUAUGGGUCCAAACCCAUGGAUCAAAACUGGAUCAAUUGACGCCUCGUUAUGCAGGAAGGAUUGGACGCCAUGUUAGCAACCUGGCACGAGUUGAAAAUGCGGUGGCUGGUGGGUUUCUUGAGAGCUCGAGUUCAUGUAAAUAUUACUCGUCCUCCACCGUCCCCUACCUUCUGGUUGCUGGGUACCUAUUUCAGCUUCCGAAAGUCCAUGGAUUGAAUACAAGUAUGAAAAAUCCGCCCUUCUGGCGCUCCUUAGGAGUGCUUGCCACCGUCAUGGCUCCGCUGAGAGAUCUCAGCUUGUUUUUCAUCUUUUUCUCUUCAUUUUCAUCCGAUUCCCUCACCUUUUCUUCAAUUCCCUCUUAUCCGAUUCGCUCACCUUUUCUUCAAUUCCCUUGAAAAAUCCAAAUAUAUUUUUGCUUUUCUUUGCUUUUUCGUUCUCAAAUCUGGUCGGUGGUUUACAUCUGGAAGGGAAUUGGGGCUGAAUGAAGUUUAUUCCGGUGACUGGUGAUGAAUGAUUCUAGCAUUGUGUCUCGUUCAUGCUGGUAAUCAACUUAACCUUUCAAU